AUGUUUUAACAGCAUAAUAAUACUAUUUCAACGUCCCGAUCUAAUUCAUCCAUUAAUCAAACACCAAGGAGAUUAAUACGUGUUGGCACUCCUUCUGGUAUUGACAAUGCAAGUGCUAUGAAAAAGAACGAAGAAUUUAACAAAUAAAUAGAAUUAUAUAAACAAAGAGAAUCUCACUACAAGAAAAUCAUUUUUGCCAAAGAUUAAGAAAUAUCAAUGAUGAAAUCACACAUUUAGUAAUUAGAAGAAAAUAUCAAUCAGAAUAAUCUGUCCAACCAAAUAUAAAAAUAGAUUUAAGAUCUAACUUAAUAAGUCCAAAUCUUGUUAGAAUCAUACAAUUAAAGGAUAAUUGAAAUUGAAAAUCUAAAAAAAUCAUAAGGUCAUGAUCAUACAGAAUUAGAAAGACAAGUUUUAUAAUUAUUAAGAGAGAAUUCUCAAUUGAUGAAUAGUCUAACCGUUUCACACACUCAAUAGGAUGCCUUAUCCAAAAAGAAUAGUUUAUAGAACAUAUCAAAAAUUCAUCCAUAGGAGACUUCUUGGAAACAAAGGUUUAUUAAAUUGAAUAAAGAAUACUACGAAUUACAAGAAAAGCAUGCCUUUUUAACAGCUGAAUUAGAAAAUAACAGAUCUAACUUUCGAUCCCCAAGUCUUGAAAGCUUUGAAGCUAUUAUAAGAUAAUGA